AUGACAGAAAUUACCUUGGAUCAGGGCUGGGAAUUCAAACAGAGCAGUAAUUUGAAUGAUUCUGCUCGUUCUUUCCUGCCCGUAACCCAAUUUCCUACAGUGGCCCACAUUGAUCUUCUUGGACACAAUCUCAUUGAUGAUCCUUUCAUUGAUAGCAAUGAAAUCAAGUCUCUUUGGGUCAAUGAAGCAGACUGGAUUUAUCGUACAUCGGAAAUACCAAAGGUUCAGUUAUCGAAUGAGAAUGAGAAGGCUGUUCUUGUCUUUGAAGGACUUGAUACAGUCGUUGACGUCUACUUGAAUGGACACCAUAUUCUUUUCAGCAAUAAUAUGCACAUUUGUCACAGGGUUGAUGUUACUCAUUUGCUCAAGCACGCGGACGGAAAGAGUGUUCUUGAACUAAGAUUUCGAAAUGCUCCCGCAUUCGCUAGGGAAGAGAAAGAUCGCAUUGGAUACAAAUGCAAGAACCCGAGUGACGUGCAUUUUGGGGGGCCGGAGAGACUGUUUUUGAGGAAGGCUCAGUAUCAUUGGGGGUGGGAUUGGGGCCCAAGUAUCAACACUGCUGGUCCGUGGAAGCCAGUGUAUUUGCAAAUUUAUCAGCAGAGAGUUAGCGAAUUCAUCGUCAGACAACAAGUCAGCGAGGAUCUGACGACUGCGGAUAUAAUCGUGAUUGGUUCUGUUGAAUUCUCGGAGAAGGAGCCGGAGGCUGCGGUCGAAGUCUUUAGCCCUACAGGCGAACUCCUACAACAAAAUGCCGUGGAGUUGGUGAAUGGCAACUUCAAUACGACCAUCGCUAUCGACGAGCCACUGCUGUGGUUUCCUCACCUAUAUGGAGAUCAACCUCUAUACAAGGUCACCGUGAGUCUGGGUAACGGGCACAGCAAAAGUCAACACAUCGGUCUUCGCCGACUGAAAUUGGUCCAAAAUCCAUUGAAGAACUCAAAGGGUCGAUCUUUUGUUUUUGAAAUCAACAACAUUCGCAUAUUUGCGGGUGGUUCGUGCUGGAUUCCCGGGGACUGCAUGCUACCAAGAAUGGACCGUCAUCGGUACUCAAAAUGGCUCAACUUAGCAAAAUCGGGAAACCAAACUAUGAUUCGUGUCUGGGGUGGGGGUAUUGUUGAGUCCGACGAUUUUUACGACUUGUGCGAUCGCGAAGGGCUCUUGGUCUGGCAAGAUUUCCUAUUUGCAUGUGGAAAUUACCCGGCAUCUCCAGAUUUCUUGAGAAAUGUAGAAGUCGAAGCAGAGACGCAAUUGAAACGCGUUGGGCAUCAUGCAAGUCUUGUUCUUUGGGCCGGGAAUAAUGAAGACUAUCUGCUGGCUGAAAGAUUCGGCUGGGAUCUUGAUAUGAGUGACGAGGAGGGUCCGUGGAACGAAACUAAUUUCCCUGCCAGAGAGAUCUAUGAAAGACUGUUACCUAGGCUCGUGGAAAGCCUGGGGGGUGAUGUACCCUAUUGGCCAAGUAGUCCUUACGGCGGUUCGUUCUCAAAUGAUACGACCGUAGGAGACACGCAUAUCUGGGAUGUUUGGCAUGGGAAAGUAUCUCCGUACCAGGAUUAUCAGAAUUAUACCUCUCGCUUCAUCAGUGAGUUUGGAUUUGAGUCCUGCCCGUCGCUGCGAACUCUGUACAGAGCAAUUACCGUUCCGUCGGAGAGACACGCUCAAUCAAGACUUUUCGACAAUCACGACAAAGGACCCGGACACACUCGUCGCUAUCCAAUGUACAUGGGGGAGAAUUUUCGCUUUCGUAUGAAUCCCUUACGCGAUUUUGUUUAUUGUACUCAGUUCCUUCAAGCUGAGGCUAUGUCAUAUGCGUAUAAUUGCUGGCGUCGAGAAUUUAGAGGUCUCGAUCAAGAAUAUUGCGCGGGUGCCUUAGUAUGGCAAAUGAAUGAUAUCUGGCCGGGCGCAAGCUGGGCCUUGGUGGACGUUGAUUUAAAUCCAAAACCUGCAUUUUACGUCACAAAGCGAGCACUAGCAAAGGUGGUUUUAGGGAUGUCACGCAUCAUCACCAAACAGCCACCUUAUAUUGUUACCGGAUAUUUACCGGAAAAGCACUCGGUGGACAUUUGGGCUGUGAAUGGUACUCUGGAAGGAUUGGAUGUUACGCUCAAUAUCCGUGCUUAUGACAUUGAGUCUGGAAAACGACAACCCCUGCCAACCGAGAUUGAAAGCCAGCGUCUAGAUCUUCCAUCUAAUCAAGCAUUGGAGAUCACCAAUAUUUCUAUUCCGAAUGCUGAAAAUACCGUUAUCGUUGGUUCUUUACAUUCUGUUUUCACUGGGGAGCGUUUGGCCAGGUGGGUUUCCUGGCCUGAACCUCUCAAGUAUAUCCAGCUAUCCCCAGAACUUAUUGUGUCGGCUCAUGUGGCAGAUUCGGGCGACAAGAUUCUUCUCAGUUCAAAUGCACCUGUCAAGGGCGUCGUACUGGCAGUACCAAUAUCCGAAAGCGGCGAGGAUGCAAUUUUCGAAGAUAAUUUUGUGGAUCUAGUACCAGAGGAGGUUGUGGAAGUUAAGGUUCAGGGGCUGGGUGGCAGAAAGGUUGAGACUCGGUUCUUGUAUGACUGGGAAAAGCAAGAAGGUUUUGAGCUUUGA